GUGGGGCGCGUGGCGUCGCGCCGCCGCACAAAAAGUGUGCCAAAAAAAUUGAACGUUUGCUUCAACGCGCGCUCGCAGACGGCUCACGGCGCACACUUUUAGUCUGCGAUCUGCAUUUGUAGUGACGUAACGUACGCGAUCUAUUACCAUGGCGCCAGAGAUCGAUAUAACCAUGUUAAUUCAAGAAAUACGAAACAGACCAGGAAUUUAUGAUACUUCUAAGGCAGAAUAUCGUAAUAAACAUUUAAAAUCAAAAUUGUGGGAAGAAGUGUGCUGUAAUAUAUAUUCAGCUCCUGUUUGGACAUCGUUGACGUCUAAAGAAAAAACAAAAUACAGGAAUGAUAUACAGUUGAAGUGGAACUCUUUGAGAAGUUGCUUCCGAAGGGACCUUAGUGCUCAAAAGAAUACUCCUUCUGGAAGCGGAAGAAAAAAGAAGAGAAAAUAUAUUUACUUUGAUUUACUGCUAUUUUUAUUGCCAUUUACUGCGGUGGAGAAUAAUGAACCUUCUAUCGAAAUCGAACAAAGUGCGGAAUCAUUAUACAUCACCGUGCAGAAUUCACACACUGAAUCAACUGAUUUUAAACGACCAAAGACGCAACCGAAGAGUAGGACCAAUUCUGACGAUGAGGAGUAUUUAGAAACACUAAGAGAAGGCAAUCAACUGAACAACAACUUGCAUAAUUCAGAAAACAGAACAAUCUUAGGCGAUAUCGAUGAGGAUGAAUCAUUUCUGCGGUCGCUUCUGCCUUACGUCAAACAAUUUUCUCCAGACCAAAAGUUGCAAUUAAGAAUACAAUUAUUACAAACAGUUUUAAAUUUUAAAAACUCCUUAAGCAGUUCAGAGUUUAGUCACAAUCAGAUACAGCAAGUGUUGGAUGUACCAAAUGAACAUAGAAUAGCUGUAACCGAUUCAUUGAUGGACUCAAAUAUGUCUAACCAAAAUGACACUGCUGAGAGACCGAAUAGAGCCUUCUAACUACAGGACAUUGCAGAAGAUUCGGAAUACGUUCCUAGACCAAUCUUGUUACAACAGUCAAGCGACUCGUCAUAAUAUACGGGUUCACCUGUUCAUAGAGAUUACGUAUCAAUAAUUUCUUCCGAAAAUGAAUCGGUCUUUUCUCUUGGCGACGACGACGUUGGCGAGGUGUAAAUUAACUACAUAUUAUUAUGAAAAUAUAAAUAAAAAAUUAAAUAAA